AUGGAUUCAGAAUUGUCAUCCUGGCAGAAAGCGGCCCAGGCCAAACGCCAGGCGAUUCUGGACGCGAUUCCUCAGAAAUGGAGAAUUCAGCGUGCAGUGCUGCCCGUUGAUGUCACGGGUGAAUUCAUCCAGGGCUACUUGACCCCUCGUGAGAUAGAGAUUACUGAAGCUGAUGCUGUUGCAAUUACAACUCAAACUACCUCGGGAAAUUGGAGUGCAGUGGAGGUGACCGAAGCCUUCUGCCACAGGGCUGCUAUUGCGCAUCAGCUUGUCAAUUGUCUACAUGAGAUAUUCUUUGAAGAUGCCAUUCAAGUCGCUAAGGAACUCGAUGAGCAUUUGGCAGCGACAGGGAAACCCAAAGGCCCGUUGCAUGGACUCCCGGUAAGUUUGAAGGACCAAUUUCACGUCAAAGGAGUCGACACAACUAUGGGCUACGUGGGCUGGAUUGGAACGUAUCAAGGCAAAAAAGACGAUCCUCGCCACAGAGUGGCGGAGAGUGAGCUUGUGCGGGAACUUCGCAGCCUCGGAGCGGUGUUAUUUUGUAAGACAAGUGUUCCUGUCACUCUCAUGGCAGGAGAGACAGCAAACCACAUCAUUGGUUAUACAUGGAAUCCUAAGAAUCGCAAUUUGUCGAGUGGUGGAAGUUCUGGUGGAGAAGGGGCCCUAAUUGCCCUCCGUGGUUCACCGGCCGGGUUUGGCACUGAUAUUGGCGGUAGUGUCCGGAUACCAGCAUCUUUUAACGGACUUUUUGGGCUUCGCCCAUCUGCAGGAAGGAUGCCGUAUGAAGGUGCGGCGAACUCCAUCGACGGACAAAAUACCAUUCUAUCGGUUAUUGGCCCGUUGGCGACAAGUAUUGGGGGGUUGAAGUUACUUUUCAAGGCUAUCCUCUCCCAGGAACCAUGGCAGCAUGAUCCUCUCUCUUUGCCUUUGCCGUGGAGGGAUGAUAUUGAGAAUAAGACGAAACAGUUAAUUUCGGAGAAAAAAAGUACAGCUUCCCGACUGUCAUUUGGUAUCAUGCGUCAUGAUGGCCUUGUCGAGCCCCAACCGUCUGUAAAGGUAGCUAUAGAUCUUGUGGAACGCAUUCUGAGGGACUUGGGCCAUCAGCGCGCUGAUUCGUCACAGAGCAAGAUCUACAAUAUGGAUGGUGGCGAAGACCUUUUGAGCCACAUAGCCCUGUCGGGAGAGGCACAAAUCCCGCAGUGUACUGUUGAACCAGGCAAACACUUCAACGCCAGAGAGGUAGCGGCACUCAACGUGCAGAAAAGAGAAUACCAAAAGAAAUAUAUGGAUUACUGGAACAGCACCGCCAAUUUGACUACGACUGGAAAGCCAGUUGAUGCUGUCAUCUGUCCAACCGCACCUCAUGCAGCUGUUAUUCCCGGGAAGUACCGUCAUACUGGGUACACUACAUUCAUCAACACUCUGGAUUAUACGAGUUUGGUAUUUCCUAUUGCGUGCGCUGACAAGAAUCUUCGGUCCAUGACCGAACGGUCCGAAUUCCUGAGUGAACUCGAUCAGAAGAUCUUCGAAGAUUACAAUGCGGAAAUAUACCACGGAGCGCCUAUUGGACUCCAAUUGAUCGGCAGACGAUUGGAGGAAGAGAAGAUCAUUACUAUUGCCGAGUACCUUUGUGAACAGUCCAAGCUUUAUACGGGACAAGGCUAUGUGGCAAAUCUGGUCGACGGAUCCGUAAUCAAUCAUUCAACUGCUUAA